AUGUCUCCUAAAACCAUUAAACAAUCUCGUAAAAAGAGUCCCAAACUUUCAGAUUACAUGAAAGGCAAGAUUGUGGGUGCUUAUGACUUUGGAAUUCUCAUAGCUAAGAUUGCGUGCAAGUAUAAGCUAUCCUACAUGACAGUGACAACAACCAUUGAGAGAGUGAAGAAAACGAGUACUGCCCUUACCAAAAAACAUAAAGGGAGAUCUGUUCUCUUGAAUGAUUGUGAUUUGAGAGCUCUGAGAAAUAUUGAGCGCAAUGACCCAACUGCAACAUUAGAUAUGAUUGCAGCUGAAAUUUAG